AUCGCAUGGGUACUACUUCUCCCAUUGAACGAAUACUCUCGUCAAACAUACAUCUCCGAGAACGCGAUUCUUCCUGGACAGGUCCAUACAUACUUUGGAGGCAGCGAGCACAAUGUUUUCCGGGCAUAUCGUCAAGAGGUGUACAAUCUGGGCCAACAGCCAGGGACGGAAGUCAGGAGAGAUGGUUUGGUGAAGAUGAUACGGGAGAUGGGUCUGAAGCCUGCGGUACAGCCAUUCAGCUACCAUGUCGCUGGGGAGACGAUAUCUGGGAACAAUGUGUAUGGACUCCUCCAGGGACCUCGAGCUGAUGCUACGGAAGCAAUGGUACUCAUGGCCGCAUGGCGCAACUUCGACGGCGAGGUGAAUUAUUCGGGAGUGGCAUUGGCAUUGGCGAUGGCAAGAUACUUCAAGCGCUGGAGUAUCUGGAGCAAGGACAUCAUUUUGCUCAUCCCUGAGGACAGCACCUAUGGACCAGAAGCAUGGGUGUCUGCGUACCACAGCACUUCAGAUACCAUUACCUCGUCGAGGAACGUCAGUGCUUUGCCUAUCAAAGCUGGAGCGUUGCAGGCGGCGAUCGCUUUGGACUAUCCCGUUGGGCCAUGGGGUAAGCGAUUCGGGAAACUGGAUGUACUCUACGACGGCAUCAAUGGCGCUCUACCCAACCUCGAUCUACUGAACACCGCAGCCUCUGUGGCCAGCGGCCAGAUGGGGAUGGGCUGCAGUCUCCACGGCAUGGUAGAUCAUUCGGACAAGUACGAGGAUCGACUGAAGUGUCUUGCAAAAGGAGCCCUGACGCAAGCCGCCGGACAUGCCACUGGACCUCACUCGGCGUUCAUGCCCUAUCACAUAGACGCGAUCACUUUGAAGACUGUCGGAGAUGGAUGGCACGACGAAAUGGGUCUUGGCCGAGUCACCGAGAGCGUUUUCCGGUCUAUCAACAACCUGCUCGAGCAUCUCCACCAGAGUUUCUUCUUCUACAUCCUGCUGAACACGAAUCGCUUCGCCAGUAUCGGAAGCUAUCUACCCGCUGCCAUGCUCAUUGCUGGCAGUUUCACAAUCAAUGCGCUUGCCCUAUGGAUUGCGAGCGGCAAAGGUCCGGUCGAGCCACCUGGAAAGCCGACCGCGAGUCUGAAGGAGAAGGUGAAGCAGGAAGAGACGGUAGCAGUCCAGACUGGCGAAGGCGUGGCGCUCGUCCCGAAAGCUGAGCUGGAGAGUGUGGAACGCAAGAUGUUUGUGCCUGCCAUUGCAUUCUUGGCUGUGCACCUCCUGAGUGUGGUACCUCUGCACGUGCUAACACACACCCCCCGAGCAAGCUUGUCCUUCUCCUUCUUUGCAGUCGCAGGCUCGACCUACCUGCUCCCGCUCUACUUCAGCACAGUGCUCGUCCGCUUCUUGCGAGCAAGCUCCCAGCAGCUGCAGAUCAUGCAGACCUUCUCGCUCCUCUUCCUCGGCGCUACACUGUCCACUUGGGCUACCAUAAACUUCUCGCUCGCACUCAUCGUAGGCGUGCUGGCAACACCGCUUGGCUUCGUUCGCCCCCUGCCAUUCGGAAAAGGAGACGGACAAACAACAAUAGCACGGUUGGCUUUAAGCAUAGCUGUUACAGUGGCCUACUUGAUCGCUUCGCCACCUGCGGCGAUAUAUGCCAGCAGCUGGUAUUUGAAGAAAGAUGUUUCGUGGCUGUUGAUGGAGGUCGCAAAAGGUUGGGUGGCACAAGGAGUCUGGAGCCAUUUGAUGAUUUGGUCCGUGUGGUGGCCCGCAUGGAUCCUGGGCGGCAUUGUCCUAUACAGUGGGGCCGUGCGCCCGAAGACAUGA